AUGCAGGCCUUAAUAUUUGCCGUGGAGGAGAUUAACUCAGAUCCUGAGCUUCUUCCCAACAUUACUCUGGGCUUCCAGACUUUCGACACUUGCAAUAACGUACGUGGCGCGGCACAAGGGACUCUUUUGAUGCUAUCGGGGGGAAAUGAGAUCGUCCCAAAUUAUAACUGUCACCUCGGGGCGCCAUUAGUUGGAAUCAUUGGCGAAUCUGGGUCAACAAGGUCGAUUCUUAUGGCCCAGAUAUUGGGACUCUACAGAUACCCACAGAUCAGUUAUUUUGCAUCCAGUCCUAUUCUCAGCGAUCGGAACCUGUUUUCUUCCUUUUUCCGUACCAUACCCAGUGAUGAGUUUCAGAUGAGGGGUCUGGCCCAGUUGGUUUCUCAUUUUGGUUGGACUUGGCUCCUCCACCAUAUCAAAAAUGUAAACUUCAGCAUCAAAGAUGGGAGCCAUGUUUUUUUUGAUGCAAAAGGGAACCCACCAGUCAUCUAUGACAUUGUCAACUGGCGCCUGAGGGCUAAGGGCACCCUGGAACAGGCUGUCAUUGGGAAUUACAGUUACUUGAACUCCCUGGAUGGCAAAAUAUUAAAUAUAGACGGUGCUCAAAUGACAUGGAACAAUGGUGACACACAGGUUCCUCUAUCCAAGUGCAGCCCAAGUUGUCCUUCAGGAUUUAGGAAGGUGAUUGUACCAGGGAAACCCCCCUUUUGCUAUGAGUGUGCCCGGUGUCCCCAGGGGCAGAUAUCCAAUCAAACAGAUGCUGUGGAAUGUCAACUGUGUUCCUGGGACAUGUGGCCCAAUCUACAGCAGGACAGAUGCCUACCAAGGCCUACAGAGUUCCUUUCCUAUGGAGAUCCUUUGGGUUACAGCUUAGCAGCCAUUUCCAUCUUUUCUUCUUCAAUUCCUCUUAAUAUUUUGGGAGUUUUUAUUCAUUUUAAAAAGACGCCAAUAGUCCGAGCCAACAACUACUCCCUUAGCUGCCUUCUCCUGCUUUCCCUGUUCCUCUGUUUCCUUUGCUCUUUAGGGUUCAUUGGUUACCCACAGCCUGAAAAGUGCCUUCUGCGCCAGGUGGCAUUUGGGAUGGUUUUUGCCCUCUGCAUCUCCUGUGUUCUGGCCAAAACCAUCACUGUUGUCAUUGCCUUUAAUGCAACCAAACCCGGCAGCAGGUUAAGAAAGUGGACAGGGGUGAAGGUCUCCUACUGUGUCAUUGGGUUUUGUAUCUUUAUCCAGUUAUUUGUGUGUGUGAUAUGGCUGAUCUUUUUCCCUCCUGUCCCUGAACACGACACAGACACCAAACCAGGAGUAAUUAUAGUUAAUUGCAAUGAAGGGUCACCCACUGCUUUCUGGUGCAUGCUGGGAUACCUUGGCCUCUUGGCCUCCAUCAGUUUCAUUGUUGCCUUCCUGGCCAGACGCCUCCCUGACAGUUUCAAUGAAGCCAAAUUGAUCACAUUCAGUAUGUUGGCUUUCCUCAGUGUGUGGGUGUCCUUUAUCCCAGCCUAUCUCAGUGCCCGGGGCAUGUAUACUGUGGCAAUGGAGGUCUUUGCCAUCCUGUCUUCCAGUUGGGCUGUGGUGGGCUGUAUCUUUGUGCCAAAAUGCUACAUUAUAUUGUUCAGGCCCAACAUGAACUCCAGAGAACAUUUCAAAAUCAGUUAUUUUGCAACUAACCCUAUUCUCAGUGAUCGGAACCUGUUCCCUUCCUUCUUCCGUACCAUACCUAGUGAUGAGUUUCAGAUGAGAGGCCUGGCCCAGCUUAUCUCCUAUUUUGGAUGGACUUGGGUUGGCCUCGUGGCCAAUGAUAAUGAUUAUGGUCAAUAUGGACUUCAGAUUCUAAUGCAGGAGAUCAUCAAUGGUGGAGGCUGUGUGGCAUUUGCUGAGAAAAUAUUGACUGGCCGACCCAAUAUGAAUGCUCCUUACCUUGCCCAUGUUAUUAAAAUGUCCAAUGUAAAGGUGGUGGUUAUGAUAACUUCAAAUACUUAUUUUGUGGAGCUUAUGGAAGAGAUGUUGAGACAGAACGUGACAGGAAUUACCUGGAUUGUCAGUGAAGCAUUGUCAACUUCAAACUUACUGUCUAAGGAAAGCAUCAAGAGCAUCGUAUUGGGCACCGUUGGCUUUGCAAUUCAUCGUGGGAAGAUUCCACAAUUCACUGAACAUCUCAGAAGCCUCAGUCCUUCAAAAAACCUUAACGAUUUAUUCCUCAGGGAAUACUGGGAGCAGAUCUUCUCUUGUAAGGGAGUAACAUUUCAACCCAUUAGUGUCAUUGAUUUCAUUGAUUACACCGACAAUACUUCAGCUGUAUGUGGUUUAACAUUCCAGCUUCUCCACUAUGUCAACAAUGUGCGCUUCAAGACCACAGAUGGAAGUCAAGUAUUUUUUGAUGCAAAAGGAAACCCUCCUCCAAUAUACGACAUUGUCAGUUGGCGUCCCAGUACCAAGGGCACCCUGGAGCCGGCUAUGGUUGGGUUUUAUGAUCUGAAUUCUCCUGAUGGAGACACCUUGACUAUAGACACCACUGGAAUUACAUGGAAUAGCAACACACAGGUAUGA